AUGUUGGCAGCACCUCCUCCGGCUCCUCCGUCAUUUCCACUGCCGCCACCUCCCGCUGCACCUACCGCACCAGCCCCAAGCCCUUUGCCGCCUCCCUCCGUGGCAGCCCCCGCAGCUCCGGCAGCCCCAGCGCCGGCACCACCGGUAGCCCCAGUGCAGCCCCCGCAGUUUCCACCAGCUCCUGUUCAACCUCCUCAGGAUCCUUAUCGCGCAGCGUUGCAGAGAAAGCUGGCAGAUGAGAUCAUCCAGCGACUCGCCACCUCCUUGCGUCGAGGCGGCUAUCGCCCUCAGGACCUAUUCAGCAAGCUAGAUGCAGAUGGCAGUGGCCAGCUGUCCCGGCAGGAGCUGCUAAGCAUCAUCCUCCGGUUCGAGUCAGGCCUGACGCCACAAGAGCAAGAUGCAAUCUUUCAGCGCUUUGAUGCCGACAACAGCGGCUGCGUUUCCUGGUCCGAGUUCUGGAACACAAUUCAAGGUGGCGAGACGGGAGCCUCGCAAGGACCCCCACAGGCAUCACUCUUCCAGACGCUACCCCCGACCACUCCGGGCGCUGUGCUGGCACCGCUGCAUCCAGGCUUGUCUGCCUCCGCACCGGUGCAGGCAGUGGGCGUCCAAGCUGGCCUGGACAGGACGCUGCACCCGCAGGAGCUGCAGCGCCAGCAGCUCGCAACUGCUGAGGCAGUCCUUGGCCGAAUUGCUGCAGCUAUUGCGCGGAGUGGGCGCAGGCCGCACGACUUCCUCACAAGACUGGACGCCCGCGCCGCCACGCUUUCCAGAGCAGAGGUGGAGCAGACACUGUUCCGUUUGGAGCCAAACCUCUCCGCCUAUGAGCGCGAAGCUGUACUCGUACGGCUGGGCAUGGAUCGAAAUGCAGGCGUGGACGUCUUGGACUUCUGCCGGAUUCUUGGAGGCGACCUGGCGAUGACCAUCGAUCCGCGGGCGUCAUCCCUGCCGGAAGUGCCAGUUGGCCUGGCUGCACAGGAACUCCUGCGGCAGGUCUCCGCGGAACUACGGCGGAAUGGAGCUUUGCACUGA